CUUCCUGAGCCCCAAAGGCAAGUCCCUCCCAAACGCACCGGAAUCGGGCGUAUUUGGUGGGCUGCAGUGUAUUCCUUGCAUGGUCUCAAAGCGGCUUGGGCGGACCGUGGUGCUUGGCGGCAAGAGCUGGUACUAGCCAUGCUGAUGCUGCCAGCUGCCUGCUGGAUAGGCAAAAGCUGGGUAGAGGUGGCGUUACUUUGGACGGUGGUGGUACUCGUCCUUGUGGCCGAACUGCUUAAUACUGGUAUAGAAGCAGCGGUAGAUCGCAUAGGGCAUGAGUGGCAUGUGAAUGCCAAAAAAGCCAAAGAUGUGGGCAGCGCAGCGCAGUUUGGGCAAUGGCGCUUUGGCAUCAUUUUUCCUUACCCUAAAAUAAUCAAGCCUAAAUAUGUCUUUUCAAUAUGUGUUUAUUGUGGUUCAAACCCAGGCUAUUUGCCUGACUAUGCCCAAGCGGCAGAGCAGCUGGGUGCUUGGAUAGGCCAGCACAACGGCAGAUUGGUAUAUGGCGGUGGCCGCAAUGGUUUGAUGGGCGUAUUGGCGGAUGCAACAUUGCAUUCGGGCGGACAAGUGCUGGGGAUUAUUCCGCAAAUGCUGGUGGACAAAGAAGUUGCCCAUAGCGACUGCUCUGAGCUUUUGGUUGUUCCUAACAUGCAUGAACGCAAAGCUUUAAUGAUGCAAAACGCAGAUGCUUUUUUGGCAUUACCUGGAGGAAUCGGCACAUUUGAAGAGUUGUUUGAGGUUUGGACUUGGGCGCAAAUAGGCUACCAUAACAAACCACUAGGCUUACUCAAC